AUGGGCUCGCGGCGCCUGCCCGGGCUCUGCCUGCUCGUCCUGCUGGUCCACGCCCGCGCCGCCCAGCACAGCAGAGCCGUGCAAGAUGUGGAUGAGUGUGUGGAGGGGACCGACAGCUGCCACAUUGAUGCUAUCUGCCAGAACACCCCUCGGUCAUACAAGUGCAUCUGCAAGUCUGGCUACACAGGCGACGGUAAACACUGCAAAGAUGUGGACGAGUGCGAGCGCGAGGAUAACGCAGGCUGUGUGCACGACUGUGUCAACAUCCCUGGCAAUUAUCGAUGCACCUGCUACGACGGAUUCCACCUGGCACAUGAUGGACACAACUGUCUGGAUGUGGACGAGUGUGCCGAGGGCAACGGGGGCUGUCAGCAGAGCUGUGUCAACAUGAUGGGCAGCUACGAGUGCCACUGCCGGGAAGGCUUCUUCCUCAGCGACAACCAGCACACCUGCAUCCAGCGGCCCGAAGAAGGAAUGAACUGCAUGAACAAGAACCAUGGCUGUGCUCACAUUUGCCGGGAGACACCCAAAGGGGGUAUUGCCUGUGAAUGCCGCCCUGGCUUCGAGCUCACCAAGAACCAGCGCGACUGUAAAUUGACGUGCAACUAUGGGAACGGUGGCUGUCAGCACACAUGCGAUGACACAGAGCAGGGUCCCCGCUGCGGCUGCCAUGUCAAGUUUGUGCUCCACACCGACGGGAAGACAUGCAUCGAGACCUGUGCUGUCAACAACGGGGGCUGCGACAGUAAGUGCCACGACGCAGCGACAGGUGUCCACUGCAGCUGCCCUGUGGGCUUCAUGCUGCAGCCAGACAGGAAGACCUGCAAAGACAUAGACGAGUGCCGCCUGAACAAUGGUGGCUGUGACCACAUUUGCCGCAACACGGUGGGCAGCUUUGAAUGCAGCUGCAAGAAGGGCUAUAAGCUUCUCAUCAAUGAGAGGAACUGCCAGGAUAUAGAUGAGUGUUCCUUUGAUCGAACCUGUGACCACAUAUGUGUUAACACACCGGGAAGCUUCCAGUGCCUCUGCCAUCAUGGCUACCUGCUGUAUGGUGUCACCCACUGUGGGGAUGUGGAUGAGUGCAGCAUCAACCGGGGAGGUUGCCGCUUCGGCUGUAUCAACACUCCUGGCAGCUACCAGUGUACCUGCCCAGCAGGCCAGGGCCGACUGCACUGGAAUGGCAAGGAUUGCACAGAGCCUGUGAAGUGUCAGAGCAGUCCUGGUGCCUCGAAAGCUAUGCUCAGCUGCAACCGCGCUGGCAAGAAGGACACCUGUGCCCUGACCUGCCCCUCCCGGGCUCGGUUUUUGCCAGAGUCGGAAAACGGCUUCACGGUGAGCUGUGGCACCCCCAGCCCCAGGGCCGCUCCAGCCCGAGCGGGCCACACCGGGAACAGCACAAAUACCAACCACUGCCAUGAGGCUGCAGUGCUGGCGGUUAAACAGCGGGCCUCCUUCAAGAUCAAGGACGCCAAAUGCCGUUUGCACCUGCGCAACAAAGGCAAAAUGGAGGAGGCCAGCAGAAUCCUGGGGCCAGGUGCUGCGUCCUGCUCCGACUGCCAGGUCACCUUCAUCCACCUCAAGUGUGACUCCUCUCGGAAGGGCAAGGGCCGCAGGGCCCGGACCCCUCCAGGCAAGGAAGUCACUCGGCUCACCCUAGAACUGGAGGCAGAGGUCAGAGCCGAAGAAACCACAGCCAGCUGUGGGCUGCCCUGCCUCCGACAGCGGAUGGAACGGCGGCUGAAAGGGUCCCUGAAGAUGCUUAGGAAGUCCAUCAACCAGGACCGCUUUCUCCUGCGCCUGGCAGGCCUGGACUAUGAGCUGGCCCACAAACCGGGCCCGGUAGCUGGGGAGCGAGCUGAGCUGGUGGAGGCCUGUAGGCCUGGGCAGCACCGCGCGGGGGCCAAGUGUGUCAGCUGCCCGCAGGGAACGUAUUACCACGGCCAGACGGAGCAGUGUGUGCCAUGCCCAGCGGGCACCUUCCAGGAGAGAGAAGGGCAGCUCUCCUGCGACCUUUGCCCUGGGAGUGAUGCCCACGGGCCUCUUGGAGCCACCAACGUCACCACAUGUGCAGGUCAGUGCUCACCUGGCCAACACUCUGUAGAUGGGUUCAAGCCCUGCCAGCCAUGUCCACGUGGCACCUACCAACCUGAAGCGGGACGGACUCUGUGCUUCCCGUGUGGCGGGGGUCUCACCACCAAGCACGAGGGGGCCAUCUCCUUCCAAGACUGUGACACCAAAGUCCAGUGCUCCCCUGGGCACUACUACAACACCAGUAUCCAUCGCUGCAUCCGCUGUGCCAUGGGAUCCUAUCAGCCUGACUUCCGUCAGAACUUCUGCACCCGCUGUCCAGGAAACACAAGCACUGACUUCGAUGGCUCCACCAGUGUAGCCCAGUGCAAGAAUCGUCAGUGUGGUGGGGAGCUGGGUGAGUUCACUGGCUAUAUCGAGUCCCCCAACUACCCAGGCAACUACCCAGCUGGCGUGGAGUGCGUCUGGAAUAUCAACCCCCCGCCCAAGCGCAAGAUUCUUAUCGUGGUACCCGAGAUCUUCCUGCCAUCUGAGGACGAGUGUGGGGACGUCCUCGUCAUGAGAAAGAACUCCUCCCCCUCCUCCAUUACCACCUAUGAAACCUGCCAGACCUACGAGCGCCCCAUCGCCUUCACAGCCCGCUCCAGGAAGCUCUGGAUCAACUUCAAGACAAGCGAGGCCAACAGUGCCCGUGGCUUCCAGAUCCCCUAUGUUACCUAUGAUGAGGACUAUGAGCAGCUAGUAGAAGACAUUGUGCGAGAUGGGCGGCUCUAUGCAUCUGAAAACCACCAGGAGAUUUUAAAGGACAAGAAGCUCAUCAAGGCCUUCUUUGAGGUGCUGGCUCAUCCCCAGAACUACUUCAAGUACACAGAGAAGCACAAGGAGAUGCUGCCAAAAUCCUUCAUCAAGCUGCUCCGCUCCAAAGUGUCCAGCUUCCUGAGGCCCUACAAAUAG